AUGGAGUUUGGUCAUCCGCCUCCUCCUUCCACUCCCGGUCCUAGCAACGGCAACAGCAUCAUCAUGGAAUCACAGCAUACUUCCGUGCCCCCUUCUCCAUAUGGCCCGCCACCGUCGCCAUUUGCUUCGCUCAUGGCUCCUGUUGCGGAGCAGCCUGCUGCUGCAACCAGCAAGACAAAGGCCAAGCAGCGGGCGCGCACUGGAGCCGGCGUGAAGAAGGCGCCCCUCAAGAAGAAGUCCAAUGGCACCAGCUUGAAGCUUGUGGCAUCCGGUCAAAAGGCGCCAUUCCGCUUCAUGGAUCUCCCUGGUGAGAUUCGAAACAUAGUCUAUCAGCAUACGUACGCCAAUCCAAAGCAGGCUCUCCUCGUCCACCGCCCGCGCAUGGCAUCUCUGCGCUCGCGCACCCGUUUUGAUCGUGCACGCCCUCUUGCCUCUGAUGUUAUCGGCAACGAGCUUGACAGCGCAAUCUCCGGCUCCAAGGCGACGCGCCCUAUCAUAAAGCCAAGGUCAAAGGCCGGCCUUACUCUGCGCGAGACUAACCGACCCUAUUCCGGCCUCACACAAGUCUGCAAGCUGCUCCGCUAUGAAUACCGCCCGAUCUACAUGCAGAAGCAGGAGAUUGGUAUGGACCUGACCGAUAUUGUCGAGUACCUGCAAGCCUUCUACUACGAAGCACCUACCCGUUUCGCCAACCUCCCAGCUCCUGGUCGGCGCGAGACCGAUUUGCCCUUUGGCGGCAACUUGACUAUUGCAAUCGGAGACAAGCCCAACGAGAAGGAGCUCGCCGCCGACGGGAUCGAGGCCUUUCCGCUCCUAGAGAUCUGGGCAAAUAGUUUCAAGAUCGAAGCCGGCUUUGGACGCUAUCUAAAGGUCCACUACGCUCCUGAGGAUGACGGUGAGGCUAAGGAUCUGUACCGCCUGUUCGGCCGCUGUGUCCUGGAAAACCGCUCCUGCAGCCCGAUGAAUAUCCUCUGGCGUACUAUCCUGCGUAACCGCGCCCUUGCCUCUGUGCGCAUCCACCGCAAACCUGCGGCUCGCCAUGUCAGCGUCUUCCUUAGUACUUUCUCCCCGAGUGUCAAACCGUACAUCCACAUCAUUUUCAAGAAGAAGUAUGCUGAGCCGUGGAUGACCAAGUUUGACUCGGCUAUCCCCAAGGUUCCUGACUGGCUGGCCGACCGGGGAUUCAGUGAUAUGGAGUACUUCGAUGUCAAGGUUGGCGUCGAGCCUGCGGGCGUAAAGUAG